ACCCGCAAUGCGGCAAAGCAAGUUCUUCAAGGCAACAAUUCAUUAUGAGGCGGUUUCAGCGAGUAUCAGCUGUUUUGGUACCAGUUUGAAGGGGUAUCCUUUCUAUUUCGAAAACUUGGAGAGAGCUAUGCGAAGUCCUGCCGCGAUAGGUUCAUUGUUCGCCGAGGCCGAGGGCUUUUUGAUUCCAUGACCUGGUCCGCUUCAGUCAAUAUCGUUUUUGUCUAUUGGCACCAUGCUACGCAGGCGGAAGCAAGGAUAGAUGCUACCAGUUUUAUAGGUUCCCGUUGGUUUCUUUGGCUUGCUCAUUUUACUGGUAAAGACAACUCCACACAAUUUUCAUUUUCGUUUCUUCUGAACAACCAUGGCAUCGUUCCAAGCCUCUGACGAGUUUGCGGCAAUGGACCGUGGCACUGCUUCUUCACCUGAUGUGGUGGAUGACGACAUGCCUGCAGAAGUAGAUGGGCGGGAAGAAAUGAUCUUGCAAGAAGAGAUACCUUCAUGGAAAGACGAGCACAAGAACAAGUUGGACGAUAUCAUCAGCAGUAGAAGAUCCGGUAGAACCUCAGGGCCCAGCAAGCCUAAGCCUGAGCAUGCCAAGAGUGGCGGCCGCCGUGAAGAACGGGUCGCUAGUAGAUCAGACCACGACGAAAAAAGCAGAAGAACCAGGUCGAAAGGUAGAGUUCCCCCCAGAAAGGAAAGUGAAAGCUUUACCAAGAGCGUGCAACGGGAAAGGAGUUCCAGUACGAAAAGACUCAGGAGAAGCCAGAGCGCUGGACUUCCAGGCAACGAUGAACCUGACCAUGGUGGCGCCAACUACGAAAGGUCCAACUCCAAUAGAAGGUUUCGAGGAACAAGCCGAGGACUGAGCAAUGGCGAGAGUCGUGACGCGGAUAAGAUGGCCACGAGGAGCAGCAGCCAACACGGAGACCGUCGCAGAAAGAAUGGCGUUGCACAGGCAGAUCGACCCAAGAGCAGUCGCGACUUGUGUGGUGUCCGGUCGCGCUUUCGAAGAAGGUGCUCCACGGGAAGUUGGAACACUGAUCCCUACGAUGAUCUACAGGAGAGACAGUCAAGUGAACGCAACCAAGUGCCACCAGCAAAAGAGGACCGUAUCAACACCCGCGGGAACCGAACUAGAAGCCUGAGUCCAUCCAAGUAUGCAGCCGCUACCAAGGACAAGGACAAGUUGCAGCGGCACUUUUCCGCACACACCAGCUCUGAAAAGCGUCGACCCAAGUUGCAGCGAUCGCUUUCGUUUGACAGUGGUAGUGGUAUCGUGCGCUUGGAGGAGGACCACAGCAGACUGAAAUCCACGAGGCCCGCCGCCAAGUCGACCGUUGCAAAGAGAUUGACGGGGCAGGCAACGUCCUCCAAAAAGCCAAGUAGUGCGCAUGCUAGUCCUCGUCGACAGAGCUCCAUUCGAAGGCUCCCACCAAGAAACGGCAGUUUGGGCUUGAAAGGAGGAGCCAAACCCCACCGGGUGCGAUCCAAAUCUGGUCAACGCCGGCGUACCAUGUCGUUCGGUGAAAGCUCCUGCGAUCAAGCGUCUGGUGGUUUGGAAGUGACGAGACAUUCCAGCGAUCGUGCCACCGGCAACGUAGUUGCAAGAACACCCACAAACAAGCCUUACCCCGAUGACAUUGACUCUUCCGUGUCGGAUAUUCCUCGUGUUGUCAACGACCUGGACAUUGAUCUUUCCAUCAGCGACGUUUACCUGCCUUCAGACCCAUGCAGCCACAGCAACGUGAACAAGAUUCCCACCAAGUGCCAAGAGCGUGCCAGGAAGUCCUUGGAGACCAGUCGAACCAGGAUGGCUGUCGAAACCCUUGCCAACAUGAAGUUGAGUGAUAGCCAUACAACUGUUACGACGGUUGAUUGCUCAAGUAUGGAAGAUUCUAUUGAAUCAAUCUCAUCGCCGCCAGAUAGGAACAGCAAGGUUCAACAGAUAGCUCAGCAGAUCCUGGAGCUGCGACAGAGCUGGAAGGAUGCAUCGACGGAGGCGGCCUUGCAGGUGCCCGUUCCAAGGAGGCUUUAGAUAUUCCAUGUGAUUUGUAUCGUUACCAUGCGUUAUCACUGCAUCAAGCGGCGAGGAUGUACAUGGACAUGAUGUAUCUUGUACCGUAAUCCUCCAUUUGGCAUAAGAGCAAGAUAGCUUAUUUUCGUUGUCACCAGC